AUGGCAGUUCCAUCAGUUUCAUUAUCAACGAGAAACAAAAAGCAUUUUCUGGGUGUACCAGCACCUUUAGGAUACGUUGCUGGUGUUGGAAGAGGAGCUACCGGGUUUACAACUAGAUCUGAUAUCGGUCCGGCACGUGACGCUAACGAUGUUUCAGAUGACAGACAUGCUCCACCUACAAAAAGAACAAAGAAAAAAGAAGAAGAAGAAGAAGAUGAAGAGGACUUGAAUGAUUCUAAUUAUGAUGAAUUUUCUGGAUAUGGAGGAUCUUUGUUUAGUAAAGAUCCAUAUGACAAAGAUGACGAAGAAGCUGAUGCUAUUUAUGAAGCUAUUGACAAAAGAAUGGAUGAAAAGCGUAAAGAGUACAGAGAAAAGAGGCUCAGAGAAGAAUUAGAAAGGUAUCGUCAGGAACGUCCUAAAAUACAACAGCAGUUUUCAGAUUUGAAAAGAGAAUUGGUAAAUGUAACCGAAGAAGAAUGGAAAAAUGUUCCAGAAGUCGGUGACGCUCGAAAUAGGAAACAACGGAAUCCACGGGCCGAAAAAUUUACACCAUUGCCGGAUUCUGUACUUGCUCGAAAUUUGGGCGGUGAAACAUCGACUAGUAUUGAUCCAUCGAGUGGUCUGGCAUCUAUGAUGCCUGGUGUAGCAACACCUGGAAUGCUAACACCUACAGGAGACUUAGAUCUAAGAAAAAUUGGACAGGCGAGAAACACUUUAAUGAACGUUAAAUUGAAUCAAGUUUCCGAUUCUGUAGAAGGACAAACUGUUGUCGAUCCCAAGGGAUACCUCACAGAUUUGCAAAGCAUGAUUCCAACAUAUGGUGGUGAUAUCAAUGAUAUCAAGAAGGCUAGAUUAUUAUUAAAGUCUGUAAGGGAAACUAAUCCUAACCAUCCACCAGCAUGGAUAGCUUCUGCUCGUUUAGAAGAAGUUACUGGGAAAGUACAAGCAGCACGAAACUUAAUAAUGAAAGGCUGUGAAGUGAAUCCUACAUCAGAGGAUUUAUGGUUAGAAGCAGCUAGACUUCAGCCACCAGAUACAGCUAAAGCGGUAAUCGCCCAGUCCGUAAGACACAUACCAACCUCUGUCAGAAUUUGGAUCAAAGCAGCUGAUUUAGAAACAGAAACAAAAGCAAAAAGAAGAGUGUAUCGAAAGGCUUUGGAACAUAUACCCAAUUCAGUGAGAUUAUGGAAAGCAGCUGUAGAAUUAGAAGAACCAGAAGAUGCACGCAUUUUGCUCAGUCGGGCAGUCGAAUGUUGUCCAACCAGUGUAGAUUUAUGGCUUGCUCUUGCUCGAUUAGAAACUUACGACAACGCAAGGAAAGUGCUUAAUAAGGCAAGAGAAAAUAUUCCUACUGAUAGACAAAUUUGGACAACAGCCGCGAAAUUGGAGGAAGCGAAUGGAAAUAAACACAUGGUUGAGAAAAUUAUCGAUCGAGCAAUAUCUUCUUUGAGUGCAAAUGGAGUUGAAAUUAACAGAGAACACUGGUUCAAAGAAGCUAUGGAGGCAGAAAAGGCUGGUGCGGUACACACAUGUCAAGUUAUUGUGAAAGCAAUUAUUGGUUUUGGAGUUGAAGAAGAAGACAGGAAGCACACAUGGAUGGAAGAUGCAGAAGCUUGUGCUCAACAAGGGGCACUAGAGUGUGCUAGAGCCGUCUAUGCUUACGCAUUGUCGACAUUUCCGAGCAAAAAAUCAAUUUGGAUGCGUGCAGCUUAUUUCGAGAAAACAUAUGGAACACGAGAGUCUUUGGAAUCAUUACUUCAAAGAGCAGUGGCACAUUGUCCAAAAAGUGAAGUUCUUUGGCUUAUGGGUGCAAAGUCAAAAUGGUUGGCUGGUGAUGUUCCAGCAGCAAGAGGUAUUUUAUCCCUCGCGUUUCAAGCUAAUCCAAAUUCGGAGGAGAUUUGGUUAGCAGCCGUGAAAUUAGAAUCGGAAAAUUCUGAAUAUGAAAGAGCUCGACGACUACUAGCGAAAGCUAGAGCAUCUGCACCCACUCCCAGAGUGAUGAUGAAGAGCGCAAAAUUAGAAUGGGCUCUGAACAACCUUGAUGCAGCUUUAUUACUCCUAAAAGAAGCUUUAGAAGCAUUUGAUGAUUUCCCAAAAUUGUGGUUAAUGAAGGGACAGAUCGAAGAACAGCAAGGAAACUUGGAUAAAGCCUUGGAAACAUAUAAUCAAGCUAUAAAGAAAUGCCCUAAUUCCAUUCCACUAUGGCGUUUAUUAGCACAAUUAGAACACCGAAAGGGCCAGGUUACUAAAGCUAGAUCAGUCUUGGAGAAAGCACGUCUGAAAAAUCCUAAGAACGCUGAGCUUUGGUUAGAAGCUAUCAGAAAUGAAUUAAAAAGCGGUGGUGUUAAGGAUAUGGCGAAUGCACUUAUGGCUAAAGCAUUGCAAGAAUGUCCGACGUCAGGUUUACUUUGGGCAGAAGCAAUAUUUAUGGAACCUCGACCACAGAGAAAGACGAAAAGCGUGGAUGCUUUGAAGAAAUGCGAACAUGAUCCUCACGUUCUUCUUGCGGUAUCCAAACUGUUCUGGUGUGAACAUAAAAUUUCCAAGUGCAGAGAUUGGUUUAAUAGAACAGUUAAAAUAGAUCCAGAUUUAGGAGAUGCGUGGGCAUAUUUCUACAAAUUCGAAUUGUUAAACGGGACAGAGGAACAACAAGAGGAAGUAAAAAAACGAUGUAUCGCUGCAGAACCUCAUCAUGGUGAAAAUUGGUGUAAAGUAUCGAAGAACAUAGCAAAUUGGUGCCUAAGCAUCGAUCAAAUCUUAGUAUUAGUUGCAAAAGAUUUACCGAUUCCGAUAUAA